CGGAAGUUGUCUACUAGUCUAUUUGAUAUCCCACCAAAAUUGGCUAUUCGAUAAAAACUUGGAUUUAUCACCAUCAUGAAUCAGCUGUAGUCUUACUUUAGUCCUUCAUACUUCAUAUUCUAGGGUUCAAACUUCUGAUAAUUUAUUUGGAUUCCUUACGUUUCUCUUUGAAAUUCACACAUCUAAAAUCCCAUUGAAUCCUAUACCAAGACCUGCUAAAGAUCGAUUUCCAUUUAAAUGAUAUUAAUUUAAACGUAAAUGGCUAGUGCCGGUGAAGAAGACAAUGACGCCGUUUUGAGCGAUGUGGAGGAGGAUGAAUCGGUGGAGAUCGGUAUUAAGACUCUGGCACCGGAGGAUGUCUCCCUCGAGAAAUUCCGGGAGGUCCUGGCCGAUCUCGAUCGCGAAAGGCAGUUGCGCACGGCCGCGGAGAAUAGCAAAUCGGAAUUGCAGGUCUCCUUCAAUCGAUUGAAAACCCUUGCACACGAGGCUAUAAAGAAGCGCGAUGAGUGUUCCAGGCAACGAGACGAAGCCUUACGCGAGAAGGAAGAAGCUUCUAAAACAAUUGAUAAGAUAUUGACCCAGAUCAGCCAGGCGACUAAGGAAAAAGAUGAAAUCUCUAGGCAGAGAGAUGAGUUUCAUAAACAAUUAGAAGAAAUGACUAAAGCCAAAGAGUCUGCUAGGGUGGAAAUUGAGACAGCUGCUUCAAUGCUGGUGACUGGGAUUGAUAAGAUUUCAGGAAAAGUAAGCCAUUUUAAGAACUUUGCAGCUGGUGGGUUGCCUCGAUCGCACAAAUAUACUGGCUUGCCUGCUGUAGCUUAUGGUGUGAUCAAAAGGACCAAUGAAAUUGUUGAAGAGAUGUUGAGGCAGACUGAAUCGGCUGCUAAGGGAAGGAAUGAGGCUCGGGAACUGAUGGAGCAGAGGAACUAUGAGAUAGCUAUUGAGAUUUCGCAGCUUGAGUCAACCAUAAGUGAUUUGAGAGAGGAAGUUUCGAAGAAAGAUUCCCUUGUACAGGAAUUGCUAGAAUCUGUGGCUGAGAAAGAUGGGAAACUGUCUGAAUUUGAAAGGCAGAUGGUUGACAAGCAAAGUGCCAUGGAAACUGAAGUAAUAGGAUUGAGGAAGAAGCUUUCUGAAUCUGAUACAAAAGCAAAUAGCUUGGAAUCGAAAAUGGAUUUGCAAAGGUCAUUAUUGGCUGAACAACUGAAUUAUGUAUCCAAAAUACACGAAAACAUUCGUAAUGUUAUGAAGGUAGUUGACAUUAAGAAGUCGUCUGAACUAUCAGAAUCUUUCUUUCUUGCUCAGCAAAUGGAUGUGGAGGAGAAUAUAAGGGCUUCUUUGGCGGGUUUGGAUUCCAUACAUGAGUUGAGUCAAAUUCUGGUAGAUAAAACAACAGAGUUUAUGGAAGAGAGGAACCAUGAAGUGAAAGGCCUUAAUGAAUCAGUUUCUCAACUAAUAAAUGAGAAGGAGCAGAUUGGGUCUUUAUUAAGAAGUGCUUUAUCCAGAAGGGCUUCAGUGGAUUUGUCCUCAAAAACAAAUGAGCUCUUUAAGAUCGCUGAAAAUGGAUUAAAAGAGGCUGGAAUAAGCUACAAGUUCAGCAGUAAUCUUAUGGAGGGAAAGGUUCCAGCUUCUGAUAAUGUUGUUGUUGUGGACACAGAAGAUGAGAUUUAUACUUUGGCUGGGGCAUUAGAGAACAUCAUCAAGCAAUCUCAGCUUGAGAUUAUUGAGCUUAAACAUUCAGUCGAAGAGUUGAGGACAGAGUCAAGUUUACUUAAUAAGCAUGUGGAAGCUCAAGCAAAGGAACUCAGCCAGUGGAAGCAACGUGUAGAGGAACUUGAGGAGAAAGAAAGGACUGCCAAUGAAAAUGUUGAAGGGCUUCUGUUGGACAUUGCUGCCGCUGAAGAAGAAAUUUCAAGGUGGAAAACAGCAGCAAGGCAAGAAGCUGAUACAGGGAAAGCUGUUGAACAAAAAUAUAUGGCACAGUUGUCUGCUGCUCGUCAGGAAGUUGAUGAGGCAAAGCAGGCUGCUAUAGAGUCUGAGAAUAAGCUAAAGUUCAAAGAAGAAACCGCAGCUGCUGCAAUGGCUGCGAGAGAUGCAGCCAUCAAGUCAUUAGAGCUGGCAGAUUUAAGGGCAUCAAGGCUGAGGGAGAGAGUGGAGGAGCUCACACGUCAGCUUGAAGAGUUGGAUUCCCGGGGAACCUUCACUUCUGGCCUAACAAGACCUAGAUACAUGUGUUGGCCAUGGCAAUGGCUAGGCAUUGAUUUUGUAGGUUCUAGACCUGCUGAAACACGUGAGGAUAGUGCGAAUGAAAUGGAGCUUUCUGAACCCCUCCUAUGAUUCUUUAUCAUAAUCCUCGUUCUAUUGCCUCUAUAUUAUUCUCUGUAUAUUAAUAUAUUUUGUAUGAAUCUCUCUCAUAUGUGAAAGCCAUUAAUUUAGAAGUCAGGAAAUUGAAGAUUUUAUAUGCAGCCUUAACCAAGUUUCAGCUGUCUCGUGAUACCUAUUGUAUACAUUUUCUUAUAUCUCAUCUUGUGUUACUUUUUCCAAACCCUAAUUAAUCUGCAUACUUUGCAUGUAUUUAUUUGGAAUGUAG